AUGGCUCUCACGGCUGCCUUGCAGAGCGAGGCUAAUGCCAUCCUAGCCUCGGAUGAGGCAGCAAACGACAAAGUGGGAAAACUGAAUCGACUUUGGCUUCAGCAUGGCCUUGCUGCGUAUCAAACGCAGGUGCCGGAGAAAUUCCUGGUUCACCCCUUGAAUCGGGGAGGGGCUAUGCUGAAUGGCCACGACGUUUUGGCCAAGGGAGAGCGGCUCAUCACACAAGGCUUGCGGCGCGACCUGAUGGAAACCUCUGCGGUGGCUUUUGCCAUGAGCAGCCAGGCUUCCAAAAGAGACGAGCAGCUGGCUGCCAACAAAGACCUGCAAGCCCAGUUCCCGAAGCUGGCUCCGGUGAGAGGCAACGAGCUGUUCCUGACGGUCGGGUGUUCGCGCACGACCGCCUACCUCCGAGCGCUCCAGUUCGGCGCAGUGGAGCAUGCGGGCUCUCACAUGCAGCCGGGACAUGCCGUCCAUGAUUGCAUUCACAGCGGCUGGCGGUGGUUGAUUCUGUCGGACAUUCUGGAGGCGUCGUUCCCUGCUUUGCCCCUCCUCUACUCCUCUGCGCUGAACAACAACAAUGCUGUCCACGUUGCCUCCACGGAAAUGGAAUGCUUAGCCACUCUGAGCCGUUUCUUGCGGCUGGGGAAGACCUUAGCCCAGGCAAUCGAGGGAUGCAAAGAGGGUGAGCCAAACUGCAAGCCGUAUCUGGACUCCAUCGCCUACUUUGCGAAGACCUACACCGGCGGCGCCGACAUGCCCCUGGUGGACUUCCUGGUAUCCUUCAGUGCCUUUGCUGGGGUCUACGGCGGGAGCCUGAUGCUGGGGUCUGAGUUCAGCCGCCUCAUCGCCUUCCAUGACUUUAAGGUUCAGGGCACACUCUGUCCUCUUGCGCGCGUGGCUUGCGUGGCCUGUCAGUUGUCGUCUUCCAAACAGACCGACGGCAUAGCGCGGUUGCUGGUCAAAGCGGAUCUGCAGGCUGUCAGUGCCAAGCGCAAGGUAGAAGUCUUCGGUCGCUUGUGCGUUCGGGCUGUGCUGUUGCUGGUGCGCAAGCAGAAGCUUGGCAGGGAAACGACAGCCUGGGACAGCUUUGAGACCAUCCGGGACCGCUUCGCCGAGGAGAUUAUGGGUCGGAAGCCAGCGCAGCAGUCGCCUGCUCUGCCUGCAGAGCCUGCUGCCAGCGCUCCGGUGAACCUGCUAGAUGCUUCGAAAGCCAGCAUGAUUCUCAUGCAGAACAAGCGCCUGGAGAUAUCUGCGAAUUACCUGAACGUGGAGGCGCACGGCAACAAAAUCUUCAAGCUCGCGGAAGUCACGGACGCCGGGUGCCAGUUCGAGCACAAGCCGCUGUUCAAGGACUCCGAAAUCGUGCUGGUCAGCCCCUCCGAGGACAUGCACAAGUGGAAGAAGACGAAGAAGACCGCGCAGGUGACGAUCAGUCGGACUCAGAUUGCCUUGUGCGAGGCCACCGUGGAUCAGGGUGAUGCCAACGAGAGCGUGACGUUCCUGGGGCCGCCCUUGGCGCUGUGCGCCAGCCGCGCAAUGGGCAAAGGCAAACUUCGUUUGGUGGCUUACGGCCUUCUGGGCCCUUUGGAUGCCAAGGCGACUCACAAAGUGAGCGGGUACAGCCUCCACCCUCCCAAGGCCAUUUCGGACUUGGAUAAGCUGCAGGAGGACGGCAAGGCCAUGCUGGUGCCGUUCUGGUACGUGAAGACGACCUCGGAUGCGAGCCAGGCCAACAUGCGUGUAGCCCAGUUCUCGAAGGCUGGCCUGAAGAUCCCCUGCAUGAUCAAUGAGCGAGCGUUGGAGGUCGGAGAGGUGCUGUACGUGCUAGCGCCCUCCGCGGAGAGCAAAGGCGUGAAGCG